GUUGAAGGUUUAGCCUCACCAGAUCUGUUGACGAGGUGAUUUGUGGUGAUCAUUUGGAAAGAUGUUUAAGAAUAAUCAUCAUGACCACAAGCAAAAAGUGGAAGCCAUGAUUAAGAACAUUAAUACAAUUUCUUUGGAGGUAAAGAAGAUGAAAGAACUCUCCCAGAUCCUGCUCUGUGACCUCAAUCUUCAGUUUGGUCAGCCCAAGAAGACAGAGGACCACAAAGAGGCAGAAGCAAGCCACCCAUUUGAAGAGCCUGAGAUUCCAGAUGGGGCACUUGCUUCCGUCAGAUUAUCUGACUGA